AUGGCUUCCAAAAUAAACGAUCGCCUCUCUAGCCUACCCCUAGACGUAUGCCUUGAGUUUCUCAAAUACAUCAACCACAAAUCCGACCUGCUCGCCCUUUCUUCCACCAAUAAGCGUCUACAGGACCUUUCUCUACCCAAGCUCUACGAAAACGUUGACUUACUGCUCGAUGGCACGAAACAAUCAUAUCUGGAUGCACUUCUCGACCCUUCGCACCCGGGCUUGAAGUUCAUUCGCCACUUAAAAUUCGAGUUCGGCCGCAUGGAGCCCGAGAUCGAUGGUGGUGUCGAGAGCGUCCGAAACUUCCAAUUCACUCGCAGUCGUCAAAUUCUCAAUGUUAUGCCGUACAAAGAGGGUAGAAAGCUUGUUCUUGUUCCUAAUUUGGAGCACACUGACAAGGCCGAGCUUUUUGUCAGCAAAAUGAUCGAUGUGCUUCCGGCUGAUCAGCUACGAACCUUCGUUUCGCCUUCACGGUGGGAGAUGCCGGGGUUCUUGUGGUUGAAACUCCAUGAGCGCCAGACUAGGAUCUAUAACAUUACUAUUCCCAAUGUUCCGAGCAAAGACGACGACCAGCCUCUUUAUGUUGGCAUGGAUGUCGAUCUGGAUGAAUCUAGUGAGGAUGAGUCUCAAGCUGAUUGGGAAGAUAUUCCGGAACACGAGCUCGAGACUUCAGAUACGGCGACUUAUUUGGCGAGGAAACCCAACAUCUUUACCGCAGAGGAUGUGGCUCGAGAUAUAUCAGUCUGUUCAGUUUCUUCAGUCGACACUUUUCGAAUCGUGAUUGGAAGAGUCCGCAAGCUCGAAACCCUUCGUCUUAUGGGUAAAGUCCAGAUACCACCUGACGUCUUUCAGCCCGGGGCCAUCCAGGUCAAUGAACGGGUGGUACGCUCCAGUCUCGAAGACUUGCGUUUGCAAACCCCUUCACAACAUCCGACACCACUUAAGCGUCUUCUUUUGGCAGGCCUAGACCUUGGAGAACUUGCUUCAAAUAUGCGUCGCUUCGACUUCGCCAAUCUGCAGAGUUUAACAGUGCUAGACUGCCAUCGUAUGCUCCGCUUUCUCGAUGCUUUGACAGCUCCUGCGACGCUACCUCGCAAGUUAAAACACGUUACUGUGCAAUUUGGCCGGGACCAAGACGAAGAAAUUAGUACAGGAGGCCCGACUGCCCCUCAAGGCUUGAUCAACUUAUUAGGCAAGAUUUCAGGCUUGGAGAGUCUCGAGAUAACAAGCCGAGGUGCCGCUACUUACUCAGACAUAGUUCCAAUCCUCCCUGCCCACAGCAAAACCUUGCGUGUUCUUCGGGUAACCUUUGGAGGACCGCCUGGGGUCCAUUCCAGCGCAGGUCAGAUCGUGGAGAUCUGCAAGCAAUGUCAGAACCUCGAGCAACUAUGGAUGGAUUUCCCUGCAAUCAAUAUCAGCAAUCGACUGUGGGCAGAAGACUCGAACGACCAAGAUGAACCUUUUUUGAGAAGCCUCGAGGCAGCUCGUGGAUUGCCGAAAUUGAAAGCGCUGAAUCUUGGGCGGUUUUGGCAGGAGCCUGUGCAACUUGCAAUAGGGGCUUUGCAAAACAAACAAAUCUAUACCCUCGAACUUGAACUUGGAAGUGUCAUGGGGAGAAUUUUCCGGAUUUGGGACCGUUCUGUAAAAGAUGGUCGCGCGAGCGUGGAGGUGUUGGCGUCAGUGUACCAGGAGAGUUUUAUGGAUGUCAUGCCAAAAGAGCCGGCUAUGUUCAUGCGUGUAACUUCAACAGAUCUGGCAGGACAGAUCAAGACCCAGGCGAUGAAGGCGGACUUGAAUCAGGUGCUUGAUUUGGUACCACAGAGCUCGAUGCUGAACAGAAAGAUGCUCUGGUAG